AAAAACUUCAAAACAAUUUGACAGUCGUUGAAAAAGAAAUUAAAAACUUUUUUUCUUUGACGCAACAAUUUUUUUCUCCUAUUUGACAGUUGUAAAUCACGACGAUAUUUUUCAUAGCAAAUAAUCUUUAGAUAUCUUUUAUUCAAUAAAAUAAUGAGUUUAAAGUUGAAAGGGGCUGAGGUGAAGGUGGACGUAGUUAGACUGGAGUCGCAGUCGAUCGACGAGCAUCUGCGUUCUGCAGCGGCUGUGCUAUGCGAGAUCCUCAAUGACGAUAAUAGUAUAAAAAACGAGGACAGCAGCGAUGGACAUGAGAGUUCUAUGGAAGAAGAUGGCGACGGGCAUCGUUGCCAAAACUGCGGAAAAAUUUACAAGAGCGCCAACACACUGAACGUCCACUAUCGUCUGAAACAUCCAGAGGAGGCGUCGCAAGUACGAUGCAACGAAUGUAACAAGAGCUACGCUUCUUCUCUGAGCCUGCAGAAGCAUGUGCGCUACAUGCACAAGUACGCCAACCGAUGUGACGUGUGCUAUCGAGCGUUCGCUUCUAUCGAGGCUUUUCAACAGCACGGGGAGAUCUGCACGAAGGUGGAAACGCCAUGCCCUACUUGCGGAAAGAUAUACGAUUCCGCGUUGUCGCUGCGGAAUCACGCGAAGUACAAACAUCCAAAAAAGAGAACUUUUUCGUGUGACGUGUGUCGGCGUACGUUCACAUCGAAUAGGGGGCUGUCGAACCACAUGGCUCGCAUACACCCGACGGAUAUAAACUGCAACCAAUGUAACAAGAAGUUUAGUACAGUGGCGACGCUGCAAUGUCACUUCCUGGAUAAGCAUACCGAGAACGGUGAGCGGUGUAAUCUGUGUAGAAAAGUUUUUACGUCAAGCCGUAGUCUAUCACGUCAUUUGAGCAAAACCCAUGACAUUGCGACCAAGUACAGUGGAGAGAAGUAUUGGUGUGCCCAGUGCAAUUUGAACUACCAGUCAGUCAACGACUUGAUCCAACACGCAAUGGCAGCGUGUUCACCACUCCAGAAAAAAAGCGAAUAAAAUGUUUUGUAAUAAACUUUUUUUUAACGUAUUUUAUCCAAAUCGUGUUCUUGUGACUGCAAUAUUUUAAACAUAAUUCAUUAUUUCAAACUUUAAAAGCAUGACCAAUAACAAUCUAAACUGCAUUUCACGUCGGCCAGAAUCAUUAUAAAAAAAAUAUAUUUUUUAAAGUUCUAAACAUAUCUUAACUUUUACAUCCAAUACCGACCCUAUCUGAUCUUAAUUAUAAUAAUUUAUUAUGUAAAAGCGGUUGCAUUAUAUAGAGCUUUUACUAGGUUCAUUGGUACAACAAUACCAAUUAUUUUCAAACCACAACAUAGUAACUUCCCGGCUUUAGCAUAUUCAGCGAGCAUUAAUUAUUCCACAGACCAACCGCAAUAGUAAAAUUUCAAAUAUAUCAUGUAUCUAGCUGGUUUUGGUACAUAAUGUUAAAUGCUCAUAUUAUACGGCGAAUAUAUAGCGUAUUAGAGUGCUACUUUUAAGUUCCUUGUUCCAG